UGUGAAGGGAAGGGGAGGCAGUCCGGGUUGGGAAGAAGCAAGCGGGCGGAGGAGAGGCGGGACUCCGGCGUGGGGAGGGUUCUGCCGCAUUUACAGCUGUGACACAGAGGCCAGGCAGGGUUCAGAGCGCCUGUAGCGGCUUGCGGUGUGCUGAUGGUCUUGAUCUGCAGCCAAGACGCGGCUGAGACAUGAGCGAGAGUCAGGAGUCAGGGGCUGGGGUUCAGGGACAAGAGAAAGAGGAGGCGGGGGACGGUGAAUCGGCCCGUCAGCCUCUGACAGAGAGCAAGGAGCCGCUGAAUGGCGAGGUGGGAGCGAACUCGGAGACCCAGCUGCGUCUGGCGGGGGGAGAGUCCACACAUAACCAUGAUCCCGGCGGUGGGCCUCCUUCUGCCCCCGACCCGGGGACGGUGCCCGGACAGGUAGACCCUCCCGAGGGGGGCUGGGGCUGGGUGGUGAUGCUGGCUUCCAUGUGGUGUAACGGCUCGGUCUUCGGCAUCCAGAACUCUUUCGGGCUACUGUAUCUGUCCCUGCUGGAAAAUUUCGGGGGCACAGAGGACAAACAUCUGCAGUUUAAGACAGCAUGGGUAGGCUCGGUGUCCGUGGGAAUGAUUUUCCUCUGCGCCCCCAUUGUGAGUGUUUUUACCGACUUGUUUGGGUGCAGGAAGACUGCAGUUGCUGGAGCUACUGUGGCGUUCAUUGGGCUAAUUGGAAGCUCAUUCGUUACAUCUCUGGAACCUCUGUAUUUUACAUAUGGAAUCGUUUUUGGCACAGGUUGUUCAUUUGCCUACCAGCCGUCUCUUGUGAUCCUGGGCCAUUACUUCAAGCAGCGGCUGGGACUAGUGAACGGGAUUGUCACAGCAGGCAGCAGUGUCUUCACCAUCAUUCUGCCUUUGCUCUUGAAGCAGUUGCUGCCGAAGAUUGGGCUCAACCAUACGCUGCGUGUCAUCAGUGCCUUCAUGUUUGUGCUGUUUCUGGCCGGAUUCACCUACAAACCUCUCCUGCCAGAUGAGGCCAAAGGUAAAUCCUCAGCGAGAAAACUCAACCUCAAAAAAUUGUUCAAUAUGAAGAUAUGGAAACUACUUGGGUACCGCAUCUGGACUAUUGGAAUCCCAACCGCUCUCUUCGGUUACUUUGUGCCUUAUGUUCAUCUUAUGAAGUAUGUGGAAGAAACCUUUCCAGGGAGCAAUGAAGAAGUUCUGCUAAUGUGCAUUGGGAUCUCGUCAGGGGUUGGUCGGUUGUUAUUUGGUCGGUUGGCGGAUUGCCUACGUGGUGCAAAUAAAGUUUUCCUUCAGGUGGGGUCAUUCUUUGUGAUUGGCCUGAUGUCCAUGAUGAUUCCUGUUUGCCGAGCUUUUGGUGGUCUCAUCGCUGUUUGCCUUUUCAUGGGUCUCUUUGAUGGCUGUUUCAUCUCAAUCAUGGCCCCCAUUGCUUUUGAGCUUGUGGGUUCGGAGAACGUGUCCCAGGCAAUAGGAUUCCUCCUCGGGCUGAUGUCUAUACCAAUAACAUCUGGACCACCAAUUGCAGGCUUUCUGCGUGACAUGUUGGGAAACUACGAUCUUGCCUUUUACCUGGCUGGUGUACCGCCAUUCGUUGGAGGUGCAAUCCUUUGUACCAUCCCGUGGAUCCAAUACAGGAAGCGCAAGCAACAGGAACAGCAGGCGGAAAUGGCGGGAGAAACUGCAACCAAGAUGCUGGAUCAGAAUUCCACAAACGUCCCCCUGCAGGGCAGUGGCGAAUCACAGAAGGAAUGUGCAACCACUAUUUGACAUCACGUUUCUCCCGUCAGACUGACAGUGUUCACCGUUUUUACAGAUUAUUUUAUUUGAACUUUUUCUUGUUGUCACAACAAACUAUUAGGAAUUCUCUAUGGGGAAAACAAAGGCAAAUCUAUGCCAAUGACAAAUUUUUAAAAUGUAUAAUUCUGUUUAGGGAAGGAUUAUUGGAUAAGUUGUACAUUUGGCUAUUUUUGUUCUCUAAUUUAACUUCUUGAACUUCAUUGUUAUUCUCCAAUCAAAGCUAAGUUUAUAACAGUAUCACUGUUGAUCUGGUUUACUUGAUUAUUCCUCCAAGUAUUCUGAGGAGAGGCUGAUUUCAAAGAGCAAUUAAUGUCCUCAGGAACAUUUCAACUGGCCAGUGUGAUCUACUAGUGAGACGCUGGAAGCCACAUUUUUAAUUUUUCAAAGUGAAUAUAUUGUAAACAAUUGUUCCUGCAAAAAAAAAGCCUCCAUAGAUUUAGAAUCUUAAAUACUGUGGAGGAAUUGUCCAGGAUCUCAACGUAGCUACUUACUCCUAGUACUCUGGGGAUAACUGGAAAUUCCUGAUGUGGCUUUACUUUCCAAUAUAAAACUAUGAUUUUGAAAGUGUUAGCACUGACCUGGCCUGGUGGGAGAGGGAAGAGUUGGUGGUGAACAAUGAAUAUUGCUGACGUGUGGGACGGUGAGCAGGGCUCCAUUUGGUGGUCAGGAAGCUCCCGUGACUGCUAGAUGCUUUAAAUAGUCGAAAACCUCCUAUUACACCACCUGCCUGCCACCAGUGUUCACUGCCAUCAGUCUUGUUUGAGCAGGGUUUGUUUUUGGCAUGAGUGCAGCCCUUUAGGUGCUGGAGCUUUUCCCCUGAAAGAGGCUUUCCGCGAGUCUGAAUUCGGGUUUAUCCUGAUGUCAAUAGAGGCAGUUGACAUCCAGCCAUGCCGUGUAGCCAGGUUACACAUCGGCCACAGUCUCACUGAAUCACUGAGGUCAGGCUGGACUGUUAAACUGUUCCCAUCUUCUCCUGACCUACCAAUGACGCUGCCUCGGCAGCUCUGCGCAGGGCGAACAAAACUGCUGUAAAAAUGCAGCCGAGGCAAUUCGAUGUGGGACAAGACAGGGGAAAACACUACUACAUGAAUUAAAACAAAGGGAGGCAAACUUUAUUGCGACCACAUUGUGGUCACACAAUUGACUUGCUAAUACGUUUACACAGAGCUAUUCAUUGUAACAGCAGCAGUCAUGAUUUAGAAUAUGCAAUCAAUUGAUUCCUUAAGGACCUUUUUCCCCUCCUGUUUGUAGUUUUGUAGAAAUUCAAUAUUUUAUUCGAAGUAAGCGAAGUUUUUAGAUUGGGUGCAGACUCCAAGGGGAAAAUGGUUUAUCGUCCUCUGGUGCUACCCAAGCCGCAGUUCACUACCCAGGCUCUCCCCACCUCUGUUGCUGAUGCAUUUUAGUAUGUCAGAUAGGUUUGGUACUGUUGUGAACUUGUUGUCUGACAUGAACUGACCUAUACACUUUUUGAACAGUUCCCAUAUAUACAGUAUCUGUAGACUACCUCAUCAAAUUUGAGCGAUGCAGCUACUGCAAUCUGAAGCAUUUGAUUGAAGUAAUGAAUGACUGAGUACACAAGACAUCGGAUUGGGUGGGGAGGAGGAGUGCAAGUUUUUUUAUAAUGUCUGUUUAUAUACUUGCAUUCGAGCUCAGUGUAUAUGCCCAGCUACUCAGUAGAACAGGAAUUUGGUUCAGUUUUUUGCAAUUGCAUCAUAAAUAAUGUCUUGCACACUGAUUAUUUCUUACUAGUCUAUCAAAAGGUCUCAGAUGAGUUUCCCUAGAUCACCUGCCGGGGCUGAGGGAGGAGCAGGGGUGAAAGGGAGAAUCGAAAGCUACAAAUCUUCAAAGAACUGCUAGGUAGAAAAUACCUCUACACUGGUAUGUAAUGUCAUCUGGCAUGUAUACAGAUGGCCCACAAUGUACAAAUUUCUUUAAUACACUAGUCAUGUUUCAUUGCCUCUCCCAAUCAACUCAUUCUGAGGUUUGUACAGUUCUUCAGUUUAAAGAAAUAUAUAUAUAUAUAUAUAUAACUUGUAUAUUACUGAAGUUAUUUUUAAGUUAGUAUCUAAUAUACUCCAAAGUACAUUGGCAUCUAUAGACUAUACCAUUAAAUUCACAAAUAUUCGAUGGGCAUUUUGCCCACACAGAACCUUUCUAGAGGCUUGAGCCACAAUAUUCAUGAUGAGUUCACCUCAUAUGAAGUGUAAAGGCAUGAUGUCCCAAAAAUAGAUCCCAACAACUAAGCUCAUCUAUUGAGUCUGUUGACUUAAGGGACGGAGUGCUCCUAUUUUGUUUUGUUUUCUGAUGAUCCUGGCCUACUCAAAUCAAUGGCCUCCCAAACCUCUCCAUUUGUCUGAGACUCUGUUGUCACUCCCUUUUCCAGUCUUUGACCUCUCAUUGACUGCUACCUGAUCCAUCACUGCCCCCUCUCAACUCCAUUUAUCCCAGCUUUUAGCCAGGGUCUUCAACACCUGUUAUAAAGCCCUUUCCCAGCACUCUUAAAAACCAAAGCUUAAGGCUGCCUUGGGAUUACUCUUUGAAAUUUGCUCCAUUAGCCUCUUAACUCCCUGCAUUUAAGAGCCCGCGACAGAAAAGACCCUUUGAUUUUGCAGGCAUGACAUGUAAAAACGCACUCAAAGAUGGUGUGAGCAAUGCAAACCACAUCCGCCACAUUCUUUCUCAGGCCUGAGGCAGCUGCGUGUUUUUAUGCAAUCCAACCAAUCCAAUCUCAACAAUGCCAGCGCAUCUCCUGCGCGUUAAGUCUAACUGCAUUGCAGGAUAUCAGCACAAGUGACUGCAAGUGAUUAAAUAUUACAGGGUGAUUCUUUUAUUUUUGUAAAUUAGUCAUCAUUUGGAAAAUUAACCUUGUGGUGGGUUUUACAUUGGUGAGAGGUUGCCACAAAUUGAAACAUUCCAAAGAAGAAGUUUUGUUUUAGAUGCAUUCAAUGAAGAAGUAAAUUAUUACUUAGUUCCCAAUGUAUAGAGUGUACCAAAUAUCCUAGAGCAUUUUAAAGUAUAUGUGUCGUAAUUUCUUGAGAAAUUCAUUCAAAGCAAUGGUAAUUGAUGAAGUUCCUGGAUUCAGCCAGGUGAUCUUUGGAGACCAGCUAUAGUUAUGAAAGGAUCGUUCCCAAUUAAUAUGGUUCCACAUGGAAGCAACAAAGACAGCAGCUUGUGUUUGGAAAAGAACAACAGGUCUUAUCUUAGAAAGUGUAAAUCUUUCUAACAUUAUUGACUGGUAAAAUGAUAUCACUCACACUAAGUAGUUUGAACCUUGAUUGAAUGCUACCAAGAGUAGGGUAAAGUUCUUCUCCUUAUUUUUGAUGAAGUUGUAAACAGAAAAGAGUGCAGAUGUUGCAUCCCCCGUGCCACAACUACUUGUGCAAACAUUAAGUUACGGGGCAGAAUGGAUGCAAGAUCCCAUGUCCGGCUGGCUGUAGCAGGAGGCCAUGCGUUUGCCAUGUGCUUUUAAAGAUCCACAGAAGGUCAAGUUUGAGGUGUGCAGAUAUCUGAGGAUAUUGCUCAGUGUGUUAGUGUCAAGUAUAGUUAUGUCCGUUUGAAAUUUCAGGUAGCAUAGAGUCUGAUAGCACAGGUAUUUAUAUAAAUGCCAAAACCAAUUACAGUAUAGAGUCCAACAUUUCAGGGUCUCCGUUCUAGUUAUUCUCAUCCAUUCAGAAGCUUAAAGACAGGAGUAUAAUGAUAACUGUGUUGGAAUACCUCAGAUGUAUUUUUUAUUCUGACAUUCUAAGGAGCUCAUUGCUGAUCAUUGGCUUAAUGCUCUUGACUCUGUCACAUGAUUGUCAAGCGUUGCAAUAUGACAAACUGCUGUUUGUAAUGAUCUCAUGCCUUUUGUGGUGGAACUGGUUUCCACGCUGUUUGUUAUAUUUUACUUCCAUCCAUUUAGAAAUUUUAAUUUGUGUAUUUUUUUUAAAAAUCCUGAAUUAUGAGCAGAUGCUGUCCAAAUUACUUGUUAUUCUUUUUUCAAAUCUAUGAAGCUGUCCUCAGUAACUUUGAAUUGAUGUUUUGCUCAAAAAGAUACGCACUUUGAUCAAGCAAAUUCUCUCUCUUUCUUGCUAUUCUCAUUGUCAGAAACUGUCAUGUUGCAAACUCCUGUCAUUGUGUUAACUUGUGGGGUGUUUCUUACCUACACUCACUGCUGAAGGUGCCAAUCAUUAAUGUGCCCUAAAUUUACAGGCAAUGAUCAUCUGGGCUUGUGUUAUUUGGUAAACUUCACAUUCAGUCAAGAAUUUUGGGCAUGCGUUACAGGGAAUUCCCUGCAACUGAAAAACUGCAUUUGUUGUUUAAUCAUUCAUUAAUUGUUGCUUCUUUGCUAUUAAGCAAAGUUUGAAUCUGCUAAUAAUUGCAAUAACUUCAAUAAAAAUAAGUUUACAAGAGAAGCAGGUUAUCUGUAUACUGGUAAAAUCAUUUACCAACAUGGUUUUCAAUAUGUGUUGUAAUGUGUAGUCUUCAGAUCAUCUUUGUAAAUCAUACCGUAUGUCAUUAUUUCAUCUGUGAAUUCUUUUUAAUUGAUUUUUUUUAAAAAAAUCCAAACUUGUGAAGAACAAUCUGUUUAAGAGCAAAUGGAAUUCAAGGAAUUUUUGUAGUAAUAUUUCUUGUUUCUAAAAGGAACACUUAAAUUGGAAAUAUGCAAUAAAAUAUACAAACGUAAAAUUGAAUUUGAAAAAUGUCAUGUAUGU